CAACGCCUGAUCGCGCGAAGAGGGCAGGAGGGUGUGUAUAUGCUGCUUUUGCUCCGCGUGAGGCUUGAGCACGCGCCCACCGCGCUCGCGCCCUUCGAGUGCGCCGGCUUUUGCCUCGUCGGACUCCGAACGGCCGUGCCGACCGGUGACGCGCUCAUCGCGCUCCGGUGGCACGCCGAGGCCAACAACACAGACGUCACCGCGCAGCUCUGUGAAGCCGCGAGAGCACAAUUGCCGGCGGGUGUCGCACUGUCGAUCACAGCCUCGCAAGAGGACGCGCUGGAGCAGAUGCGCGCCCACUUCGGCCCUCGCGAGGUGGUUCAGUGGGCUGCAGACCCGGCCGACCCAAGCCGGCGCGCCGAGCCGCCGCUCGGAGACGCACUGCAGCACGCGGGCGCGCCCUGGCUGGAGGAGGUGCUCCGCGCCGCCCCAGGCUCGAGCGGUGCGGGCGCCGCCUUUGUCCGCCGGCUGAGGCGAGACGGGUACGCACCGCUGCUCCUCACCGCAUCGCAAGCGGCGCUCUGGCGAGAGGUGGAGGGGUCCGCGGCGACAUGGUUCGCCCAGUCGACCGAAGCCAAGCUCGAGCAGGCGGGCGCCUACGCCCACAUUGACCGCAAGUUCACCGGCUACCGCGACGGAAAGUACCGCGAGCAGCUCGAGGUGCGGGCGACGCCCGGCGCCGUCCACCCGGCGCCGGUCGACGCAGACGGCCGGCUGCGCUUCUCGGCGGCCCUCUCCCUGCUCGUGCGGACGCUGGACGGGGUCGCGCGCGGCCUGCUCCCACACGUCGCCGCGGAGCUCGGCUGUGAGCCUCGCUUCCUCGCCGGACUCUGCGACGCCGCGCCAUCCGCCCCGAGUGACAACGGCAGCAGCGAGGACAGAGGCGAGGACGGAGGCGAGGACGGAGGCGAGGACGGAGGCGAGGUCGGAGGUGAGGUCUCGGGCGCUUGCGGGUGCAGAGGCGUGCCGCUGAUCGAGGCGUCCGAACUCGACGCCGCGGUGACGUCGGAGGCGGAGCGCAUCCGAGGCGCAGCGCGCGCCUCUGCCUCCUUCAUCGACGCCGGCGCCGACGCUGCGGAGGCGCCGCGGCUGGCGCACUCGCUGCUUCGGCUCUGCCGGUACGACUCGCGGCGUGAGGGUGCGUACGGCACCGAUGUGCUCUGCGAAGAGCACCACGACGUGGGCCUGCUCACCCUGGACGUGUGCGCUUCCGCCGCCGGGCUGCACGCACUCCGCCGCUCCGACGGGCUGUGGGUGCCUGUGGAGGAGACAGCGCUGCGAGCCGACGGCGGAGUCGCUCUCGUCGUCAUGGUCGGCGACACUCUCGCCCGCCUCUCGGCGGGACACUUUGCGCCGUGCAAGCACCGCGUGGUGGCGCCUCGCUCGGGCGAACGAGUCGGGCUGCCCUUCCUCUUCCGCGGCCGCUCCGACGCCGUCCUCGACACGCGGCCGGCGCUGGCGGCCGCCGCCGCGGCGGGAAGAGUUGCGCAUUUGGCCGAGCUCGAGACGGUCACCAUCAGGGACCUGCCCAGCUUCGACUCGGCAAGAAGCAUCCUCAAGGGCUGGUUUCGAAGCGUUCGCAAACCCAAACCCAUCGAGUCCGCGAUGUGAGCACGUCGCACGCCGCCCGACAGCGGUUUCGUGUCGUUUUGGGGUACAGUCGGUUGUCUACAGAGAGAUGUGUCGAAGAGGUGCGGGGCACUCUCUCUGAGAGCGUGAGAGGGGACACGUGUGUGUGUGCUCUAAUGUGAAGAUUGCACACACGCC